AUGUCAGAGUGUAAAUCCUUGGCUACUCCAGCUGCAGUCACACAAUCUGCCACGCCGUCAACGGAUGAGUUUGAAAAUCCCACACAAUAUCGUCGGCUAGUGGGGGCUCUACAGUACCUGACUAUCACUCGACCGGACCUCUCUUACGCGGUCAACAGCCUGUGUCAGUUCAUGCACACACCGACGGAUGAACACUGGGGCCUGCUUAAACGAGUUCUGCGCUAUGUCAAUGGGACACAAGAGUACGACUUACGUAUCACACCGUCGUCUAGCACCGACAUCCAUGCUUAUUCAGAUUCAGACUGGGCCGGCUGCCCGAUUGACAGGAAGUCUACUAGUGGAUAUGCACGCACCGUGGCUCGGUCGUCGACAGAAGCAGAGUACAAGGGUCUAGCAGAUGUCUCGGCAGAAGUCACCUGGGUCGUGUCACUCUUCCGGGAACUUGGGUUGCAUUCUGGUAAACCGGCUACUCUGUGGUGUGAUAAUCUUGGCGCAACGUAUCUGGCGGCCAACCCAGUUUUCCAUGCCAGGACCAAGCACGUGGAAAUCGACUAUCACUUUGUUCGGGACAAGGUAGCUUCCGGGGAUUUCAUCGUAAGUUUUGUGUCUACGAAGGAUCAGCUGGCAGACAUCUUCACCAAACCGUUACCUGCUCCGCGUUUUCAGACUCUUCGAGACAAGCUCAAUGUAGUCUCACAACCCCCUUGA